AUGGAUCAGGGCCUGCUGUGUGACCUGAAGGCGAUUGCCUGGUCAGUGGAGGUGCCUCCUGCAGCUGUGUACAUGAGGCCUCAUCAGGAGGGGAGUGUGAUCCGAGGGAAAGUGUGGGAAAGUUCCAUGUUGGUCUCUCUGUGGAAGGAACGACUGACCUCUGAGGAUGUGGCCAUCGAAUUCACUCAGGAGGAGUGGGAAUUCCUGGACCCUGCUCAGAGGGCCUUGUACAGGGACGUGAUGCUGGAGACCUACAGGAACCUGCUGUCUGUGGAUAUCUCACCUACACAUGUGAUCAAGCUUUUACAACCCAAAGCGAACAGAGAUAAACUAGAAACAUUCCAAACAUUGAUGCUGGGAAGACCUGAAAGCUGUGAAAUCAAACAUUUUCAUCUUUGGGACAGUCAGGAAAAUAUGUGUGACUUUGAGUGUCAGGGGAGAGAUGACAAAAGAAAUUACAAAGGCACACCUGUAAGCCUUAAUGGAAAUGUGCCUGAUGGAAGAGAUUCACAUGAUAGAAAGGAUGCAGGCAUCAAGCCCUUUGCAAACAGGUUUGGAUUUAACUUUCAGGAUAAACUGCAGAUGUUUCAAACUGGUGGAAUAAUUUCUGAAUAUAAUGAAGUUAAGAGUUCUGUCAACAACAGUUUCUCAUUUUCAUCACUUCAAAGAAUUCCUCCUUGUGUCCAAACCAGUGUUCCUAAUAUAUAUGGGAAUGAUUUUAUGAAUCCUUCAGUAACAACACAAGAACUCAAAGCGCACAAGGAAAAACCUUACAAAUGUGAUGAGUGUGGCAAGGCCUUUCGUGUAAAGUCAAGCCUUUUAAGUCAUCAGACAAUUCAUACUGGAGAGAAACCUUACAAAUGUGAUGAGUGUGGCAUGGCCUUUCGUGUAAAGUUAACCCUUUUAAGUCAUCAGACAGUUCACACUGGAGAGAAACCUUACAAAUGUGAUGAGUGUGGCAAAGCCUUUCGUGUAAAGUCAAGCCUUUUAAGUCAUCAGACAAUUCAUACUGGAGAGAAACCUUUCAAAUGUGAUGAUUGUGGCAAGGCCUUUCGUGUAAAGUCAACCCUUUUAAUUCAUCAGACAGUUCAUACUGGAGAGAAACCUUACAAAUGUGAUGAGUGUGGCAUGGCCUUUCGUGUAAAGUCAAGCCUUUUAAGUCAUCAGACAGUUCAUACUGGAGAGAAACCUUACAAAUGUGAUGAGUGUGGCAUGGCCUUUCGUGUAAAGUUAACCCUUUUAAGGCAUCAGACAGUUCAUACUGGUGAGAAACCUUACAAAUGCGAUGAGUGUAGCAAGUCCUUUUGUGUAAAGUCAACCCUUUUGAGGCAUCAGACAGUUCAUACUGGAGAGAAACCUUACAAAUGCGAUGAGUGUGGGAAGGCCUUUCGUCUAAAGUCUACCCUUUUAAGUCAUCAGACAGUUCAUACUGGAGAGAAACGUUACAAAUGUGAUGAGUGUGGGAAGGCCUUUCGUUUAAAGUCAACCCUUUUAAGUCAUCAGACAGUUCAUACUGGAGAGAAACCUUACAAAUGUGAUGAGUGUGGCAAGGCCUUUUGUGUAAAGUCAAGCCUUUUAAGUCAUCAGACAGUUCAUACUGGUGAGAAACCUUACAAAUGUGAUGAAUGUGGCAUGGCCUUUCAUUUAACCCUUUUAAGUCAUCAGACAGUUCAUACUGGAGAGAAACCUUACAAGUGUGAUGAGUGUGACAAGGCCUUUCGUGUAAAGUCAAGCCUUUUAAGUCAUCAGACGGUUCAUACUGGAGAGAAACCUUACAAAUGUGAUGAGUGUGGCAAGACCUUUUGUGUAAAGUCAACCCUUUUAAGUCAUCAGACAGUUCAUACUGGUGAGAAACCUUACAAAUGUGAUGAGUGUGGCAAGGCCUUUUGUGUAAAAUCAAGCCUUUUAAGUCAUCAGACAGUUCAUACUGGAGAGAAACCUUACAAAUGUGAUGAGUGUGGCAAGGCAUUUCGUGUAAAGUCAACCCUUUUAAGUCAUAAGACAGUUCAUACUGGAGAGAAACCUUACAAAUGUGAAGAGUGUGGCAAGGCCUUUGCUCACAGCUCACACCUCAGGAGACAUAAGAAAAGUCAUACAGGAAAGAAAUUAUUUAAAUGUGAUAUAUGUGACAAAGUCUUUGGCCAAAAUUCAGCCCUUUUAAGUCAUCAGACGGUUCAUACUGGAGAGAAACCUUACAUAUGUGAUGAGUGUGGCAAGGCCUUUCGUCUAAAGUCAAACCUUUUAAGGCAUCAGACAGUUCAUACUGGAGAGAAACCUUACAAAUGUGAUAAGUGUGGCAAGGCCUUUCGUUUAAAGUCAACCCUUUUAAGUCAUCAGACAGUUCAUACUGGAGAGAAACCUUGUGAUGAGUGUGGUAAGGCCUUUACUGACAGCUCAUACCUCAGGAGACAUAAGAAAAUUCAUACAGGAAAGAAAUUAUUUAAAUGUGAUACAUGUGACAAAGUCUUCAGCCGAAAUUCAAAGCUUGCUCGUCAUCACACAGUUCAUACUGGAGAGAAACCUUACAAAUGUGAUGAGUGUGGCAAGGCCUUUCGUCUGAAGUCAACCCUUCUAAGGCAUCAGACAGUUCAUACUGGUGAGAAACCUUACAGAUGUGAUAAGUGUGGCAAGGCCUUUCGUGAAAAGUCAACCCUUUUAAGUCAUCAGACAGUUCAUACUGGAGAGAAACCUUACAAAUGUGAUGAGUGUGGCAAGGUCUUUCGUCUAAAGUCAACCCUUUUAAGGCAUCAGACAGUUCAUACUGGAGAGAAACCUUAUAAAUGUGAUCAGUGUGGCAAGGCCUUUCAUCUAAAGUCAACCCUUUUAAGUCAUCAGACAGUUCAUACUGGAGAGAAACGUUACAAAUGUGAUGAUUGUGGCAAGGCCUUUCGUCUAAAGUCAACCCUUUUAAGCCAUCAGACAGUUCAUACUGGAGAGAAACGUUACAAAUGUGAUGAGUGUGGCGAGUCCUUUCGUCUAAAGUCAACCCUUUUAAGUCAUCAGACGGUUCAUACUGGUGAGAAACCUUACAAGUGUGAUGAGUGUGGGAAAGUCUUCGGUCGAAAACCACAUCUUCAACUUCACUGGAGAAUUCAUAAUGGAGAGAGACCUUUCAGAUACCGGGACCUGAGGAAUGGAGUCGACGAGAAGAAGGAAGCAGGGGCCCCAAGUCUCGAGUGA